AUGAAUACUUCGUGUAAUAACUGCCGAACCAGGCACUACAAAUGCGACGGCAAGGUGCCUCAGUGUGGCAGAUGCGAGCGGACUGGUCGACCCUGUAUCCGCGAAACCCGCUGGAAGUUCAAGCACCGCCAGUUCCCUCAGACCGACCUGCAGAAGCAAAAGUGGCUUCCCGUGCCCCCCAAAGUUGACUUCAUUGCGGAGAACGGCAUCGAUGGCCCGGAUUCAGACGAGGAAUUCAACGGGGAAGAGGAUGCCGCUAACACUGCCGGCAUUGUUACUAACAAUGUCAUCUCGUUGGAUGCUGACAUAAUUUUGGACCCCCUACUGACCCAUCCAACACCAUCGUUUCCAUCGGCCAACCAUGACGACCCCGAAUCCCUCUCGCCAUUCAUCUCACUCACCGCAUCGGCAUCCUGGCUAGCUGACGUCGAGAGGCUGCAUUCGAUAGCAAUCAGCACCCCUCAGUCGGCCGUGAGCACACCAGGGCGACUGCAAAAACUCAAUCAAUGGCCACUCCCAGUCGAAGAAGAAGCAAUGCUGCUUCGAUACUUCAUCGACAACGUAUCACGAUUCUUCGACGUCAGCGAGCCGAUCCAGUACUUCCGCGUCGACAUCCCGCAGCGGGCGCGCACGAACGCAACCCUGGCCAACGCCAUCAUGGCCCUGUCCUCGCGCAUACUGCAGUGGAAAGAAGGCUACAACCCGCACGUCGCCGACCGAUACUACCAGAAGUGCCUCGAAGCGCUCAUCCCGGCCCUCAGUGACGAGGCGCUCGUCAUGGACGACACGCUGCUGGCCGCUACGAUAUUCCUCCGCAUGCUCGAGGAAAUGGACUCCCACAUCUCCGGCCUCGACGACGGCGGCCGCCACCUCAGCGGCACCCAGGCCAUCAUCAGCGUCGCGACCGACGCCCACCACCAAAACCCCUCCUCCACCUCAGCCAACCCCCCAACCGGCUUCCGCCUCGCCGCCUACUGGACCGCCUUCCGCCAAGAGCUCUGGCUCGCGCUCCACAAACGCCAACCCGUCACCCUCUCCGUCCGCCGCGUCUGCGGCUUCGUCGACGACUACUCGGACGACUACUCCUCCAACGGCUUCGACCACCACCUCCGCAAUCACAUCCACCAGCACCACCCCUCCCCUCGCAGCGGCGUUGGCAGCGUCGGCGUCUUCUCCGCCCCAGCCCCCGACUGGAUCUGGACGCAGCGCGCCGUCGCGCACUGCGGGGACACGCUCGAUUGUAUCUUUGGGGAUUUUGAGAGGGCCGAGGGGAUGAGGCGGUGGCGCACGCUCGUCGCGGAUAAUGAGCGGUGGUGGCGCAAUGUGCCGCGCAGCUUUGGGCCGUUUUUUGGGGGGUUUGAGGGGGAGGUUGGGGAGGUUGGGGUGGGGACGCCGACGGGGGAGAGGGGGGUAGGAGGAGGAGCAGGAGGAGCGGGAGGGUUUCCCGAGUUGAGGUGUCAUUUGGAGUGGCAUGUCAUGGGGUUCGCGUAUAUCGUUCUUGCGCGGUUGCUGCUCAUCGUGCAUGAUCCGACAGUCCCGACUCUGGGACCGCAGCGCCGGCGUGCGAUUGCGGAGAUUGACAAAAAAGCCAGGCGCGACGUUCGGAUCUUGUGCGGUAUCGGCCUGUCGAACGACGCAGUGCCACCGGCUAUUCUUAUUUCCUGCAUGGCCGUCACACUCUUUGCCGAUCGCUUCACGAACCAAACCGAACAAGAGCGCCUUUACUGGGUGCUGCUUGAGACGGAGAGGCGGCAUGGAUGGCCCACUGCUCAGGCACGAGCCCAGCUCAAGGAGAUGUGGGGAUGCUGA